CAAACUCAAGAAAGAGUCCCCACAUCCACAUCACACCCCCACGUCGCCGGUUCUGACCAAACCAGACCAGCUUUUACUUGAGACGGUUAAACCAAACUGAAACUGAAACUGAACUCUCUUUCCCACUUUCUCUGCCUUAACUUCCUCAUGUUCAUGUUCUAAUCCUGCCCAGGGUUCAUUGUGUCAAAUGUAGUGCAAUGAUAUAUAGGUUGGUGUGAGACCGGUUUAUUGGGUCGAUUGAGGGAACGAUACAAUGGAUAUCCAUGCAUUACAAAGCAGUAAAAUAGUCUGUGACAUUCCAUUGGAAGGUGUUAAAAAUACACUGAAUACUGAGUCAACUGUAGCAGAUGAAAGAAAGAAUAACAAGGAGUUUUCUUCUUAUACUAAUCAAAUGAAGAUGGUACCUACUUCUGUCAUAAACGAAGAGCUUAGUUCAGAAACUUUGGGAAUUUCUUUGGUUAGAACACAAGUUGGAAGCUUGAAGAAAAAACUUCUUGUUCUUGAUAUAAAUGGGUUGCUAGCGGACAUAGUUUCUCCCCGUCCAAAGGACCAUAAAGCUGAUGCAACCAUUGCAGGGCGAGCAAUAUUCAAGAGGCCCUUUUAUCUUGAGUUUCUGAAGUUCUGCUUUGAGAAAUUUGAAGUUGGUAUAUGGUCUUCAAGGACGAAGAAAAAUGUUCAACGAGUUAUUGAUUAUUUGAUGGGAGACAUGAAAAACAAGUUGCUUUUCUGUUGGGAUCUUUCUCAUUGUACCGAAACAAGUUUCAGAACUCUUGAAAACAAGCACAAGCCUUUGGUUUUUAAGGAUUUGAGGAAGCUUUGGGAGAAGCAUGAUCCUGAUCUUCCAUGGGAAAAGGGAUAUUAUAAUGAAUUAAAUACAUUGCUAUUGGAUGAUUCUCCAUAUAAAGCAUUGCUCAAUCCUCCAAACACCUCAGUCUUUCCUCAUUCAUUCACUUAUCAGAAUAAAAGCGACAAUUCAUUAGCUGCUGGAGGCGAUCUGCGAGAAUAUCUACAUCGAUUGGCAAAUGCUGAAGAUAUGCCCAAGUACAUUGAGGAACACCCAUUUGGCCAAGACGGUAUCACCGAAAAAAGUGAAUCAUGGAACUUCUAUCUCCAGUUUGAAAACUCAUGGAUGAAGUGCAUGUUGAGUCAAGCUGUAACUUCACUGAUGGCAAGAAAGUUAGGAUGAAGUUUCUUCCACUCUCCAAAAUGGCAAGAGAUGUGUGUAAGAGAGUGAUAGAAAGAGUGAAAAAAGAAGAUGCACUUGAUGACCUUUGAGCAUGCCAUGGUACCUUACUACCUCAUUAUUCUCCUCUGACUGCUCUACCAAGGACCCAUCUUUAGUAAUUUGGUUCUUUGCCCAUACCAAAAUAUUCUGUUUUGGUCUAAAAUGAUUAAUUCAGCACUUCUCUGUAACAUAUGAUAAUGACACAUUAUAGCAAUCAUCCACAUAGCAAUUAUAUUGGUCAUAUAGAACCAUGGAUGCUCUUUGAGGCUAUAGCUGACAAUUGACAUCCACUAGUUCUAUAGACCGAUUCCUACGUGAGUGAUUUAGAGAUGCAUAAUUAAAUUACUUGGUUUCAUCCUGCAAUAAGCAUGGAGUGUUUCACCCUGUGUAAUUUUUUAAAAAAUUGA